AUGUCGUCCAUCGCUAACAAGAUCCCCUUUGACUGGCACAAAUGGUUCCCUACCGCCAACCGUUUCAAACAGCUGGAUCUUCGACUGCUACUAGCACUAUCGUUUGGGGGAGUCUGCCUACUUGGCUUCCUGCGGGCCGCAUGGAGGGACUACAGGACAUACAUGGCCUACGGUCCCAGUGAACUUCCGUACAGUCUGCGAGGCUGGUUCAUUUCCAGUGCUCUUAUGCGACUCCUCGCAACCGACGUCUUCAGCACCGACUUGUACGAGAGCGAUCCCGACAAGAGAAGCUGGCUGCCACAAGACUCGCCCAAGCGCGAGCGCGGUCCACGACCGCAAUUGGGACCGCAUCCUAUGCCUCAGCGUCAGCUGGAUCAAUACUCCCCGGUGGAUGUUCGAUUGAGGCUCGCCGAAGCAUUCUCUCAAUUAGUCGCCGACCAUCCUAAUCUCCUUCAGUUCAAGCCUUCCCUUCAUGAGGGACACACCACUCAGAGCAUCUUUAUCGCUGAUGAUGUCGCAGCAUCGCCGAUUGCACAGGAAAUGUUUGGGGAGGUUUCUCAUAUUCACGCCAUUGGCGAUCACACAGUGCAUGCUGUGUUGGCCCCUCAAGAUUGCAAGAAAGUGAUCGAGAUGGGCUGGGGCCAGCGCCAUCCUCUGGAUGGAGUCGAGAUGACCAGGCACAUAUUCGGCUGGACGCUGCCCAAAGAGUAUAUCCUCCUCUACGCCCCUCGAACCGACGAGGAGCUCCAGACCGUGAUGGAGAUUGUCAAGGCCUCUGCUGGUUACAUGACCAAUUCCCAAUUCGACGUUAAGCAGCCAAUGAGAGAUAGCUAG